GGAUCGACCCCCACCAAAGGCAGAUAUUUUUUUAAAUAUGCUCCAUGUAAUUAAUAACUUAAUUUAUUAAUAUAUAUAUUGUUGGUUAUGUAAAAGGUAUUAAAAGUCAAUUUUGGAGUAUUAUCUAGACCCAAAUUACAUAUUUUUGAUAAGGGUGCUAAACACACUCCAUUAGGAAUCAGAGCAACUAUUCAUGGAGGAACUAGCUUUUCAGGAAUUUAUAUGGGUGGUAUACUUGGAAAUAUGGGAUCGGAGUUGAUAUUUCCUUACAGUGACUAGCAAGGAUUAAAUUAAGAUGAAGAUAUAAUUAUGAAGAUCAUGUAAGAGAAUUGAA